CAGCACGACCGCACAGGCGCACAACCAACAACCGCAUCGUAUGUGUCAUAAGGUUAUUAAAAGUAAACACAUUUGAAUUUAAAUUUUUUUAAUUUAGUUCCUAUUUUCAACUGAUUCAGUUAGCUACACCAUAAAUAGCUUAUUUUUGGCACAACUAACAAUAAUGAACAAUACUUUUUAUUAAUGCGGUAAAUUAGGAUAUCCCUAUUUUUUCAGAUUAUGCACAACAGUUCUGGAUUAAUACCUGCAAGAUUUUUAAUUUUGGUUUCCCAUUUUAUAAUUUCUGUUACUUUAUUAUGGAACAAGGAAGAGACAGUGAAAGCUUGUUCAAACGAAGUGAUAUCCCAAUCAGACCUCUUUCUAGACAAUUACCAUAUUCAGAUAUUUCAAUAGAACGUCCAGGAUGGUCGACUCUUUUGAUUUUGGCUGGAGUUUUAACAACUUUAGGAUUAUCACUGCCAGUAGGAUACAACAUAGGAGUUGUAAAUACACCAGCUGAGGUCAUAAAAAACUUUUGCCAAGAAGCUAUAAAAGAGCGAUACAGUACUUCCGUCACCUUUUACCAACUGGAUUUGAUAUGGUCGUCGAUAGUGGCAAUUUUUCUAGUCGGAGCAGCAAUAGGUUCCUUGGGUGGAUCCGUUCUUGCGGAUAAAAUUGGUCGAAAAGGUGUUUUGUUCGUUUGUUCAAUCUUAGGAACUCUUGCGGCAGCUGUAUUUGUCUCGUCCAGACCACUUAUGUCAAUAGAAUUAUUGUUUCUAGGAAGAUUAUUAAUUGGACUUUGCUCAGGUCUUACUACAAGUGUUGUUCCUAUGUAUCUUACCGAAUUGGCUCCACUAGAACUUAGAGGUUCAACUGGUGUACUUUGUCCACUAGGCGUGACAAUUGGUGUUUUAGCAGGUCAAAUUGUAUCAAUGCGGGAUUUAUUAGGUAAUUACAAUUAUUGGCCUCACUGUAUUGCUGCAUAUGUAAUUCCUCUAAUUUUGUGUGCCUUAUUAUUACCGAUACUGCCAGAAAGUCCUAAAUAUUUAUUUGUGAUAAAAAAUGAACAUCAUAAAGCCUUCCAACAAUUAAAAAAACUUAGAAAUAUCGGUGAAGAUUCUCUUAGUGCAGAAAUCGAAGAACUCAAAAAAGAACAAUUAGACAACGAAAAGAACAUUGGCGCUAAUUGGAAUAUAGGAAGAGUUGUCACUGAUCGUAGUCUUCUGUUGCCUUUGUUGUUAGUUUGUUUCCUACAAGCUGGACAACAGCUUAGUGGAAUUAAUGCUGUAUUUUUUUAUUCUACUGAAAUAUUCCAUGUAGCUGGUCUUUCUGAUCAAGAAAGCGAACUAGCUACAAUCGGAUCAGGUUUGUGUAACUGUUUUAUGGCAAUAUUAUCUAUAUGGACAAUGUCAGCAUUCAACAGAAGAUUAUGUAUACUCAUUAGUACUGCCACAUCUGCUGCCUUCCUCGUUCUCUUAGGAAUAUCUAUUAUGUAUAUAAAUUCGUACUCAUUUGUGCCUUAUUUAAGCAUAGUAGGAGUGCUAGGAUUUGUCCUGAGUUAUGGUAUUGGCCUUGGACCUAUUCCUUACUUUGUAGGAUCUGAAUUGUUCGAAGUUGGACCUAGACCCAGUGCAAUGGCUUUAGGAAGUAUGUCUAACUGGAGUGGUAAUUUCGUGAUUGGUUUGACAUUUCCUAUUAUGCAAUAUUAUAUAGGUCCAGCUUCGUUCUUCCUAUUUGCUCUUAUCGUUAUAGGAUUAUUUGCUUUUGUAAGCUAUUAUCUUCCAGAAACAAGAGGCCGAGAUAUAAAAGAAAUAGUUGAAUUAUGUAAUCGAGGUUUGUACUCUAAACCUCUGCAAUCUCGAAUUUCAGCUUCAUCGCCAGAAAGUCAGAAGAUGAAUUGUUACAGAAAUGGCGUCCUGUGAAAAAUAAGUACUUAAUUCAAAUCUGUUUUCAAAUAAUCGCCACCUUAGAAAUAGUUGACAUAAAAAGUUUUGAUUCUUCGCUGUAAUUGUUACCUUUGAACGCAGUUCAUCUUAUAACUAAAGCGAUUGCCCUAUAUUAUUCAAAAGUAUGUAGUUUGAAGUAAUUCACGGUGUCUUUAUUACUCAGUAAUUUAUUAAUGAUUUAUCAAUUGAUAAUUUUUGUUCAAAAAGACAUCUCUUAUGUUAACAAGUGUUUUAUUUAUUCGAACUUGAUGAGGGCCUGUGAAAAUAGAUUUAUGUCUGUUUUAUCUCUCUAUAUGGCUGUGUGACUAGUUUUUAGAUGAAAUUCAACAAUAAAAGUAUUCACAAAGUUGCAUAUUAGCAUUUUCUAAAAGAAUUUCGAUAACAAGACCACUCCAAAAUUUCUAAUUUUAAAAAUUUAUCAAAUAAGUAAAAAGACUGUGGGUUGCUUUAAAAAAUUGUCGCUUUUUAUUAAAUAGUUUGGUUUUACCCAGUCCCCCAAUCGCACAACAUAAUAUAUUUGGAGUUAAAGUAUAAAGGAAAUAAUAUAAUAAAAAAGAAAUAAUUUAAUAAUUUAAGAUGAUCUAAAGCAUUGGUAAAAACUAUAACAUGUACUUAACUGUCAACAGAAAAACUCAAUAUGAUCAAAUUAAUUUGGAUACAAUUUUUAUUUGUCUUUUAUAUUUUUUCUAAUUUUGACAUAUAAUCGCAGCCAGUUGCAUAAAGUUGAUCAUUAUGAAACUGGUUACGAAAAAUUCAUUGUAACCAGUUGCGAAAAGAAAACAAAAAUUUACCUUUUUGGUUUUAAAAUUAAUACAUACAUUAUUAUUAACAGUUUAUAUCAAAAGAGGGGAGGUUGGCUAUAUAUAAAUAGAAUUUGAUUAGUGAACUUGCAAUUUUUUGGAAGAAAUGCAAAAACAGGUCGAUUUUUAUCUCAAGGGGGACAUCUUUCUAUAAUAUCCUCAACUGUCAUAUGUCAUUCCUCUCCCCUACUUCAAUCUAACCAAUAAAAUUUAAAUAGGGAAAUUACCAAGUAUAACACUUUGUCGGAAAGGGCAUUCAGCAAUAUGACUGUUGUUCCUUUUAAUUUUAACGCCCUCUAGCGGGAUAUAAAAUUAUUACCUAUGAUAAAGUGUGACACUUCAUUUAGAUUGACGUAGGGGAGAGGAAUGCCAUAUGACAGUUGAGGAUAUUAUAGACAGGUCUUUCUUGAAAUAAAAAUUUUUGCAUUUCUUUAAAAAAAAAAUCUAAUUCAAGAUAUUCUGAGAUACAGCCGGUCGUCAUCCUUAAUGAAUCACCCUGUACAAUUUACUAUCAAUCUACAGUUAAGUUAUUGAGUGAUUUGCGAAUAUUUGUAUAUACUUUAUUAUAAUUAACAAGAAAUAUUAAUUUAAUUUGAGCUGGUACAAAAGUUGACGAGAUAAUGAAUUUAUAUUUUAACUUAACUGGCAAAGACAACGCAAGUGCUGCAACCACGCUGCAACUAACUGUGAUUGUUAUGUGUGCUUAAUGCCAAUUUAUAUAUAGAUAACUACAUCUUGGCGUUAGUGAAUUUCAAAUUAUUAGCUUGAAGCAGCCAGAUGUGACUUAAGAAAUAAAAUGUAAUAUAUUCCAAUCAUUGGCCAUGAACAAAUUCACUGCCUUAUUUUUGCAAAGUCAUUUACAUUUGUCAUCUUACCUUGUUGUUCUAUGCAGAAAAAUUGUUUUCAUCAAAAUGAUUCACGUAAUUUUAUUUAAUUGAAUUGUUUUCAAUCUAAAACAAGACACUUAUAAUGAGAGUAUAAGGGUCAAAACUAUUAUUACUUCACCUAUCCCAAUAUCUAUGUAACUAUAAAAAUGAUUAAUGAUAAAAAAUGUCCACUACAAAACAAAUGUAUUAGUUACAUCGUCUCAUUGCUGUCUAUAACUUUGGGAAAACAAUUUUCAAAAUACUUAAUUUAAAAAUGAGUGACGAAUAAGUAGUUUAAUAUGAUCUAUUUUAGAUAUAAUUAAUUAUUAAAACACUUUGAUGUUUAAAGAUUUAUUCGGAUUGUAACAUAGCAUUUGAUACAACCAUAGCCCUCCUGAGGGCUAUGGAUACAACUUACAAUACAUAACAUCAUGUUUUUAUAAGUGACAAGACAAGACACUUGACAUGACUUGACAUAUGGUUAGGGUUAGGGUGCUUUUACAUAACAUUCAAACAGACAGGUUACAAGGGUAUAGUGAAUUAAAAUGUACAGCACAUUGUAAACACUAAACAG